GAGAAAGAAAGAAAGAAAGAAAUAGGGGAAAAAUCGAGAAAUCUUAUUGUCCACCAUACCUCAAAUUUGGGAUUGGCCUCUUUGCAUAUCUCCUCGCUCUAGCGUUUUGCAAUCGAGAUUUCCUCUUCCAUCUCCAAUCGAAGCUUUGGCUUUGAAUUGGAUUUAGGGUUUGUUUCGGUUAAAAGUCAGCUCCUUUUGGUGUUCCUCCGUGAGAAAUCACAGAGAGAUGCAGGACCAGCUGGUGUGUCAUGGGUGUAGAAAUACAUUGCUCUAUCCUAGAGGAGCUACCAACGUUCGUUGUGCCUUGUGUAACACUAUCAACAUGGUCCCUCUUCAUCCUCCUCCUCCUCCUCAUCAUCAUCAUGCUCAUGUAGGGAUGGACAUGGCUCACAUUGUGUGUGGUGGUUGUCGAACUAUGCUUAUGUAUACUCGUGGGGCUAAUAGCGUUAGAUGUUCUUGCUGUCAGACUAUGAACCUUGUACCAGCAACCCCACCUGCGCAUAUCAACUGUGGGAACUGUAGAACAACCCUCAUGUAUCCUUACGGUUCACCUUCUGUUAGAUGCGCUGUUUGUCAGUUCGUUACUAACGUUAAUAUGGGUAAUGGAAGGGUUCCUCUCGCAAGUAACCAGUCAAAUGGAACAUCCUCUCCCGUGCCUCCUACAUCUUCUCAGUCAACACCACCGUCUCAGACCCAAACCGUUGUUGUAGAAAACCCCAUGUCUGUUAAUGAAAGUGGAAAGUUGGUGAGCAAUGUUGUCGUUGGAGUGACAACAGGCAAGAAAUAACCUCAAGAAGAAGUGAUUUCAGUCUAUCCCCCUGCGUCUGGUUUGUGCAUAUUACAUAGGAGGAAAAAGUGACUGUUUAUGUUAUAUCAUCCUGACUCCUUUUUUUAACCCCCAAGAAAAAAGGCUUCUCAGAAUCUCUUGUUUGGUUUUGCUUUUUCAAAGUUGAUGAACACAAAGGUUUUUGGUCCAACAAUCUGCCAUUCCUAUCUGUAGACUUUGUAUAAACUUCAUUGGCCCUUUGUGGCAUUGUUAAUGUAUGUAUUCAUAUAAUCUGAUAUAUCAACCAAACGAACUGUUUA